AAAAGCAGUGCUGGAAAGAGCGGGAAAAAAGUGUUUAAAAAUACGAAAAACGUCGUUGAUUCGUGUUUUUUUCCCACUAAGUAAUUUCCACUAAGAGCGGACGGUUGCUAACAGGCACGGGAAAAAAUGGCGAAGAAAUUCGGUGCGAGAAGUGCGUGCGCGCAAAUUGCGAUCCUAUUAGCGGUGUGCGGUGCGUUCCAGAGUACGGCGGCCUGGUCCAACAUAAAUACAUAUCAAAUCUCCGACCCAUCACUGCCCUACCUACAUGCCGCCGGCGUGGAGAGUCUACAGACGACGGGUGAGCGACUGCAUCGCCAACGCCGGGCACCCCCCGCCCCACCGGCCACUCCAGACGCCAAGAGCCAGUACCAGAGCAUCAAUGCCGGCAACGCGACGUCGGCGGAUACGACGGUCACCACCGUGGACAGCGGCAAGUCGUCCGACGGCAGUGUCUCCUACAACGUCCACAACGUGGGCGUCAACGGGACGGGACAACGCAAGGACUACACGGUCCAGAACGCCGACGGAUCAUCGGCCAUCGGCACAGGCACCUCCAUCAAUGUGGCCGCCAAGAAGCCCACCCAACUGCUGGCCUCCCCAUCCGGCUACCCCAAGAAGGUGGGUGCCUCCGCAGCGUCGGCGGGAGGUGGUGUUACCACCACCACUACCACCUCCACCACAGCCUCGCCGACAGUAUCGCCCGGCAUCGAUGUGGACGAUGUGGAUGUGUCCGAGGAUGAAAUCGAGAAGAAUGUGAAGAACGAGUCACUGCAGCAGACCACCGAUAACCACGAAUACUACAACAGUACGAUCUAUGUCAGCAAGGCGGAGGCCGCAUCUCUGUGGGAUCAGCUCAAGAACAUAUCCGUGAACAGUAUGCUCUCCUCAUCCCACCGUCGGGCUAUGACCGUGGAGCUGAAGUUUGAUUUCCCCUUCUAUGGGCACAACGUCCGGAAUAUUACGGUGGCCACCGGCGGCUUCCUCUACACCGGGGAGUAUGUCCACUCCUGGCUGGCGGCCACCCAGUACAUAGCUCCUUUGAUGGCCAACUUUGACACGAGCAUCUCCAAUGAUUCGUUUGUCCGGAUGCACGACAAUGGAACUUCUUUCACGGCCCUUUGGGAGAACGUCACUUUGCAGGACAAUCUGGGCUACGGCAAGUUUACGUUCAGUGUGACGCUCCACAAGAACGGUGACAUCGUGUUCGGCUACUACCAGAUCCCAACGCAAAUCAACGCCAUCCAGGACACCAUGCAUCCCGUCAAGGUCGGCCUCUCCGAUGCCUACAUCAUUGACAAGCAUCUCUACUUUGCCCGCCGUAAGACUAUCUACGAGUACCACCGAGUCUCCUUCCAGCAUCAGGAGAUCGGCAACGCCACCAUCAUCCGUCUGACAGCCCUGCCCACCUGUCUCGGCUACAACGACUGCCAAUCCUGCAUCAAUCACAACACAACGUUUAAGUGUCUCUGGUGCCCGGCGCUGAACAGAUGCUCCACGGGUACCGAUCGCAAGAAGCACGAAUGGGAACAAAAGGGCUGCAAUUCCGCGGCGGUGGGUGUGCUGGAAAGUUGCCCCGCCCUCGGGGAGAAGGGCAACAAUGCCGGCAAGGAUCAGAAUGGCGCCACUGGCAAGUCGGAUAGUCCGGCGAAUUCCGCUGCCACGUCGACGGCGGCCACUGCCAGCUCCGUGGUGACAGAGUCCACGGUGGUUAGCACACAAUCGCCCAGUGGCGUCAACAAGUUGAGGCCGGCGGUGACCAUCGAUGGCUCCCAUAUGGAGGGCAAGGCGGGCAAUGCCGAGCUCUCUCAGGCGGGGGCGGAGAAUAAGAGUGUGGGCGUGGCGUUUGGAUUCAUGGUGCCCAUAUGUCUGGUGUUCGCGGUGACGUUGUGGCUGUUCUAUGCGUACCGCAAUCCGCAUACAAAGAGCGGUCAGCUGCUUAUCCAGUCCAAGCACUUACAUCAGUUCCGUCCCAGCCAAUGGUCCUGGAGGCGUGGAGAGGCGCGCUAUACGGCGGCCACGAUACACAUGUAGGAGGCACCGAUGAUCGUCGGCGACGAAGAGGGAUAGUGGAUAGAGCAAGAGAUCUAGGAAAAGGAUGUGCCGGAAAUGGCGGAAAUGCCGGAAGCAAGGAAACAAUAGAACCGGAAAUGGAAGUCCCCUCAAAUAAAGCAAUACCAUCCAACAAUAAUAUAUGGAACAUGGAACCGAAUGCAAAAUCGCCAUCAAAAUAAUUAUUUUUAAAUUAAAUAAGAUUGUAUAAUUGAUCCAUAAAUCCCUGAGAGACACACAGAAUUGUUUGUUGGCGAUUCUGCCAUGUGAUUUUCCAUGUUUCUAAGCAAAAACCCCCUCCUAUUAGCCCUCCCAACCCUCACCACCUAAAAAAAGACAAGAGAUUUAUGAAUAUUCUAAUGUACUGACUGUUGAGAUUUUUUGCAUAAAUUCUGUCGAGAAUCAAAGAAGAAAAAAGCAAUAGAAAUAUUAUAAAUUUCUAAGGUGAACCAGUACCCCCCCUUUCUGAAAAACUGCUCAAAAAAAAUAAGGGAAAUUUUAAAGAACAAAAAAUUAGAUGACUGCCAGCAGCAAGUGAUGUUUAUUGUAUCUUUUAUCCGUUUAUCCUAUCCGUUUACCUUUUACCUUUUGGACCCAUAGACCCGUACUCCCCACCCGAAACUAUAUACACUGGAAAAAACAAAUCUCACACACACACACACAGGGCAAAGUGCUUUCAAUUGUUUUCUUGGCUCAACUUGUAGUUUAUUUUUUAAUGUUUUUUUAACCCUUAAUUAAAAACAAAACAAAAAAAAUAGAAAAAAUUAAGAAGGGCGAGAGGGAGGACUGUAUAUUUUUUUUUUUCUCAAUUUGCUGCUCUCUUCGCCAAAAAGAAAGGGAAAAAGAACAGAAGAAUUCUUCCACAAUCUAUGAUUUUUUGUAAUUUUCAAUUUCGUAUCGUCUGUUUUACUGUUUUUUUUUUAAGUGUGUGUGGCAGUUCUUACUGUAUUAUAUGCAAGAUUUAUGUGUAGCCCUUAUAAAAAAAAAAAAUAUAUAUAUAUAUAUGAUAGAUCUGCGCAUGUAUGUGAAGAUAUAUAUCCAAGACAACCUCUUCUUUUUGUUAGUAUUUUUUUCUAUUAAUUAAUAUUACAAAUGAAAAACAAAGACAACAAGAAUUAUAUAUAUAUAUAUAUAUAUAUAUAUUGAAUGUAUGUAAUGAUUAUAUAAAAAUGGAAAAAUGGAACAAAACUAUAACUAGAAUGCGGUGUGUGCAAAGCUAAACUAAAACCCAUAAUUAACUAAGUGAGUCCGGGAGAGAAUAUAAUUAUUAGAUUGUACUAUAUAUCUCAAUAAAAUAAAAAUUAAAAUUACAAAAAAAAAAAAAGUAAUGAAAAAUAAUUAAAAAAUCAGAUUAAAAACAGAAUUAAAAACCCAACAACAAGAAGCAUGCAAGCGACAACAACUAAGGAAAUUGUAUAACAAUGUAUUUUGAUAAAGAAAUUAAAUUUGUAUUUUAAGCUCUUCUAAUGUAUACAUGAUAAUUUAAAUAAAAAAUUAAAAGAAAUUUAA